CUUUCAACAGCUUGAGAACCUACACUGUGAGCCACUGCAACUUCUGCAGUUCAUCAGCAUGGGGCGAGAAGACAAGGAAGAACAGGGCAUCCCUAGCUUAUAAGAAUAAGUGCAUUACAGAGCACAGGAUCUACCAGCAAAUGGAUACUCUAGUAUCCCUGGACUCCUGGAAGGGGAACUUUCUUCUUGGCUGGAUCCUGUUACAUAUAACUGAUUUGGGCAACAAUUUGAGAAUUCUGUGAUUUUACUUUCCAGUCUCUGCAGCUGUUAAAUCUCCUAGAAAAAUUGGAAACGUGCCUUACAUGAAAACGUGUGAACCAGGCAAAGAAGGAAUAUGAGUGAAAAUCCCGAAGACUCACCAGUAUGUGACGCCCAAUGAUGAGCAGUAGCUACUGCAGCAACGCUUCAGCCAGCAUGAGUGUCAACGAAGUGUCUGCCUUCUCACUGACUUUAGAGCAAAAAACUGGCUUUGCCUUUGUAGGGAUUCUGUGCGUUUUCUUGGGACUACUUAUUAUUAGAUGCUUCAAAAUCUUAUUGGACCCCUAUAGUAGCAUGCCAUCUUCCACUUGGGAAGAUGAAGUCGAGGGUCUUGAUAAAGGAACGUUUGAAUAUGCUCUUGCAUGAAAACUCAAAAGAGUAUCCUGCCUUACUUUUGAUGUUGAUUUCAUUUUGAAAACCUAGUGCUGAUACAUUUGUACUAUAUAUCUAUGUUUGAAGAUAUGAUGGUGGCAUCCAUUUUGUUAAAUAAAUAUUCAUUGCAGACUCAUGAAAGCAUUUAACGCUGCUUUUAUUUUGGGAAUUCACCUUUUGUGGAGCUGUGGGUAAGAAACAGUUAAUGUCAAAGAAAGACUUCAGGGAGAUGAUUCACUAAAC